UAAAAAAAGUUUAAAAUAUGUUAAAUCAAAAUUUUUAAAUACAAAUGAAAUAAUUAAAAAUUUAGUGAUUUUAAAAUAAGAGAAUCAACUCUGAGUAAGGAAAAAUAGAGUUAUCAAAUAUCAGUCAUUAAGCCUAUAGUUUUUGACCGUAUUCAUAUUAGAACCACUUUACUAGCAAGUAGUACUAGCUCACUGAGUUGACUGACUUUUUUCUUUCACAUUCCAAAGCCCUCCCUUAAAUCAUCUUUCUUUCAUCACCAUCACAAUUCACAUAUAUUAUUAUCCUAUUCGAUAAACAAGAUCUUGAAUUUGUUGAAAUUGUAACAACCGGUGGAUCACUACAUUGAUGGAAAAUUUCUGUGCAAAUCUAUGCGGCAUGUUCAAGAAACAAAAGGAGAAACCUGGGGAAAAGGAAGAGCCCUGGGAAGACUGGCCUGAGAAGAUAAACAACAACAACAACCAUAAAUUGGUGGUGUUAAAAGAUCCCACAGGCCGAGAGAUAUGGCUACAAUAUGAAUUAGGGAAGGAAUUGGGGAGAUGUGAAUUCGGAAUAACAUACAUAUGCAAAGACAGAGAAACUGGAGGAGAACUUGCUUGCAAGUCGAUUUCGAAGCAUAAGCUUAGAACAGCGAUGGAUAUUGAAGAUGUUAGAAGAGAAGUUGAAAUCAUGAGGCAUUUACCUAAACAUCCUAACAUCGUUUCGUUGAAGUAUACUUAUGAAGAUGACGAUCAUGUUCAUCUUGUUAUGGAACUCUGUCACGGCGGUGACCUUCUCAAUCGCAUCAUCGGUAGAGGAUAUUACACCGAACGUUCGGCAGUUUCUGUCGUUAAAACCAUCGUCGAAGUUGUUCAGAUGUGCCACAAACAUGGUGUGAUGCAUCGGAAUCUCAAACUCGAAAACUUUUUGUUUGCAGACAAGACGGAAACAGGACCUUUGAAAAUUGCUGAUUUUCAUCUGUCAAUUUUCUUUCAACCAGGUGAAAGAUUGAAUCAGAUGGUUGGAAGUUCAUAUUACAUGGCCCCUGAAGUAUUAAAGAGAAGAAAUUAUGGCCCUGAAAUUGAUAUCUGGAGUGCUGGAGUCAUUCUUUACUUCUUACUUUGUGGUUUCCCUCCGUUUUGGGCAGAAACUGAGAAGAGAGUUUCACAAGCGAUUAUCGAUUAUGCUGUUGACUUUAAAAGGGAUCCAUGGCCACAUGUGUCUGAUAAUGCAAAAGACCUUGUUAAAAAGAUGCUUGAUCCUAACCCAGAGCGUCGGCUUACUGCACAGGAAGUGCUAGAUCAUCCAUGGUUGAUCAAUGUUGUUAAGAAGAAACCUGAUAAGGCAAAUGACCUUGUUAAGAAUAUGCUUGCUGCACAUGAUGUGUUGGGUCAUCCAUGGUUGCAGAAUCCAAAUACGGCUCCUAAUGUUUCAUUGGGAGAAACAGUCAGAAGAAAGCUCUUGCAAUUUUCUGUAAUGAACAAGCUUACGAAAACAACAUCGAGGGUGAUUGCACAACAUUUGUAUGAUGAAGAAGUAUGGGCGAUGGAAACAGGAACUAAAGACUGUUCUAUUUCAUCAGAAGUAUGGGCGAUGGAUACAUCGAGGGUGAUUGCACAACAUUUGUAUGAUGAAGAAGUAUGGGCGAUGGAUACAGGAACUAAAGACUGUGUUAACCACGAUGAAGUACGACGAAGGUUGCAUAGGCUAGGCCAACAAAAUCCUGAUGUGGAUGUGCAAAGACUUGUUGAUGAUUUUCAUGGAUUCAGAGAUGAUGGUUACCUAGAUUAUGGAAGGUUUUUAGACAUUUCUGUUCAUCUGAGAAAGAGAUCCCAUGAAGAACACGUCGAUACAGCAUUUCAAUUUUUUGAUAAACAACAAUCUGGGUAUAUCCAACUUGAGGAUUUAUCUAAGGCCUUGGCUGAAACUGAUAAGAGUGACACAACGAGUCAAAAAGUCAUUUAUGCAAUUAUGCAUGAUUUGGCCACAAAUAAGGAUGGAAGAAUUAGUUAUGAGGAAAUUACCAAUCGGAGUUUGAUACUGAUGAAUGAUUGGUCAUCUGAAUUGAUCAAUGACUAAUUUUACUCCUUGAAAGGCAGGCAAAUAUGAUAAAGAAGGUGUCGUAAGAAAAUUUCCCUGUCCUUCAUUAUAAUUGUUGUCUACCCCCUUUUUGGGGUGAAAUAAGAUAUAAGUCUUGGUGCUAGUUUGGCUAGCUAUUGUUGCUGUUGGGAGUUCCAAACUCAGUUUGAUGUACUUAAGCAAAGAUACACAUCCUUAUUUAGUGUCUACUGAGAAGUGAUGUAUGUGUGAUUUGCACUUUUUUUCCUUCACCAUUUUGGUAUGUUGCGUUAAGAGUAUCCGGAAAAGGUGAGGAUGGAAGGAUUGUACACGUCAUCAAAUUGUGUUGUAAAUAUUUAAAAAAUUUCACAGGAGUCAGGAACAAUGAUUAAUCAUUUGGCACAAAA